AUGGCCCUUCCAAGGUCCCUUACGUGUGGAGCCUAUAUGCACAGAGCAGAGGGAAUCACCCGAGUCAGAGCCCAGGCACCUGAGGUGCCACGAGCAGUCUGUGUGUCACAAGCGGGGAACGGGAAAGCGACUGGGAGCCGCGACAGGAGCCAGGAAGGCCGAAAACCCCGGGGGGAGGGCACGGUUGCCGCAAUCGCGGGCAGCGCGAGGGCUGGCAGGGGGGAUCCCCAGGGAAACCCAAAGGCUAGGCAGCACCCCAGGAUCCCAGAUCCCCACAUAAAUCAAAGGGGCACACACAAAGCAAGCAGCCCCGAUAAUAAAUACAAAAUAGGCAGUAACAAUGCAAAUAAAUACACAAAAGAACCCAGAGCAGACACACUCUCUGAGUUAGACAGUGCUCACCUAGAAGCAGCAGCAAAGAAAGAGGAAGUGGGAGGGUCUGACUGUGGGAUUUCAUACUGCUGUCAUUUUGUUCUGAUUGGUUGUUUGAAAAAAAUCUGUUAA